UGCUCAUUGAGAGGUGAGUUCAACAAGGUGGACCGUUUGCAAUUGUUAGCUAACAGAAGCUAACACAUUCCAUUUUGGUUUGUGUUAGCUGCAAAUAUUCACUAACAUUAGCUUGCUAACAGCUAUUAGCUAGCUAACAGCCAACAGGUAGUGUGCGGGAAACAUAAUAGCAUAAUGAAGUCUGUUCCGGGUCUAAACUUCCACUUCAAAUAAUCAUAUGGUGAUGUAGACAUUCUAAUACAUGUAGUAAAAAUAGCAAAAAUAUUUUUCUGUUUGAAUAUUGUUGCUAAUCUGUCACAGUAAUCCCUUCAAAAAUGUGCUUUUUAUGGCUUCACUGUAACACUGGAAUGUUCAUUUGAAUCAUUCAUCUGAAAUUGUUACUAGAGAGAAUAAUAUGUUCACGGCAAAUUAAAUCCUUGUUGAACUCCCCUCGUGUCGUUGUCAGAGACAUAUAUUUAGAAAUGUUGACAAAUCACCAGCCAUGUUAGCUCCCCAUUAUUAUGUGGGCAAUGUUGACAAAUAGCAGGUCAUUGAAUUGUCUACAUUUCACCAAUGCUAUAACUGAACAUCUAGGAUUACAAUUACAAUCCAAACAUUUGUCAUGAAUGGAUAAUUAGAAUGCUCGGAUGUGCUAUCCAUUCUAAAGUUGGCCAAACUCUCUAAAUGUAUGGCACUGAUCAAGACUCUAAAUUUGAAAAAACGACCAAUUUGAGAAGGAAAAACAUUGUGUAUAAUAACCAUAAAUCGGUAAUCAAUAUGAUUUGUGGUGAGGGACUUCAGAUGUGCCAAACAUAUGAGAGGCUAGCUAGAUAGCUGGGCUAGAAACAUCUGGCUAGAAAAAUGAAUAUUCAGUCAAUGCAAGCUAGCUAGCUAACUAGGUGUCUUUUCUGAAAGAGUUAGCUUCAGACAUUAGGGUUGUUAACAGUGUCCACUCCUAUUAAAUCAAUUGCAGCAAGUUACCUGAUAAUGUUGCCAAUGUCCAUAGUGAAAUCCAAAAUCCAUAGUAAAAUCCUGCACUGUAGCAAGCUGAUCUGCUAACAUCACUAGCUAGCAAAAUAUCCAUCAAUGUCAACUGAGCUUGCCGUGGUUUUGGACUAGCUCGCUAGCGAUGAUAACCCACUUUGCACACUACAUUUUUGUUGUUGUUCAAUUUAUCAUUCAUGCCAUGUUACCUGGCUCGUCUCCAACAGGAUAUCCUUAAAAGAAAUGCACUUAUUUUCAUUUUUUUUUUGUUGUUAUCAAAAUGAAAACAAUGAGGCUACUAACAUGUAUUGUAAUCUGGGCUGCCUAUCAGAGGAACCACUCGACUGAUGACGUCAUUAAGAUGGCGGCAGUUUUCUAAACGUUUUAACAUAAAUAUGAGUUUUUCAGACGUUUUAAGGGUAGGAACAUGCAUAUUGAUCACAUUUGGUUUUAAAAAUCACCUUUACUUACUAAAAUGUUUCCGUUCAUCUUUUAAAAUGUAAUAAUUGGAACUGCAGUGGUGUGGUGUUGUCCGUCAACGUGAGUAGAGGUUAUCGUAAGGUCGUGAGUCACAACAUUCCUGUGCUUGGGUUUUAUAGACUAGGGUCUGCGUCCCAAUAAUAUCUCCUUCUUCCUGAAGUGUACACUUGUUCACUUCUUCCCACAUAUCUAAAAACACUAUUGGUGGAGAAAUGGGGCAGUCAUUUUCUUUAAAUCAAAAAAAGGGAGGUAAACAAGUCCACACAGGAGGAGGGAUAGAUAAUUGGGACGUAGCCUAGAUAGAGGCAUCUAACUGUUUGAUUUUAUCAUGUAGGAACUUUAGAUUUCCGGGGGAACUCAGGCAGUGUGGUAUAAAGCAGGCAGGAGGUAUCCGAAGUGAAUACAAGUAAGAUAAGGUUUCCCUUAUGGAUCACUGCAUUUUAUCUGGCUGUUUUAAGUGUGGUUGGAAAGUGUUCUGUUUAUGAUCCUGUUUCAAUAUGACUGAGACUGACUUUAUUGAGCCACAAUAUAAUAGGUGCCCAAAGUCCAAAAACAUCAGUCAUCAUGCUGUAUCUUGCAUCAUAUCAAAUCAUAUCUCAACCACAACAUAUCUGUGGCAACAAACCAUUUGGUAAAUGCAGGUCAAAGGUCAGGUUUUCUCUGAUUAGCCAAUGAAACGGUCUCAUUCUUGCCCACAUGACAGGAUGUUGCAUCAAGCUGAAUGAGAGAUAUGGCUUGGGAGAGGCUAUACGGUAAGCUAGCUGGGAAGGGCUCAUCAGGAAGACUGACUAAAUGAACUGACUUAACCGAAUCCGUUCAUCUCCACUUGACUCUCAAUUUGCAACAUACGUAAUCAAUUUGGGCGUCAGGCGUGUCCGUAUAGCAUCUUCUGUGUUGCUCGUCUUGAAAAACUCUGUUCUAACCAUGUGAUAAAAGAUUGGUCAUGUUCCAGGCUGACCACAUUGCAGACGUUGCACUGCAUUUACCAAUGGUUGCGUGCCACGUGAUGGACUGUGAAGUUGGGCAUCAGGCUGCUACAUUAUUUGAUGGGGUUAGCUUAAAUGUUAAACACCUAUCCAUGCAUUGUGCGAUCUGGCAUGCGUCUGCAAUGUAGUCAGCCUGGAAAACUAUCACAACCACUACAACACGUUUUAUUGUUAUCAUAUCGCCCACUGGAUGCCGUAGGCUUUAUGCUGUUAGAUUGGAUUAGGAUUCUUCUUUUACAGGACCAAAAGAAAAUUCUAAUUAUUUAUUUUCCAACGACAGCAACAAAUAAAUAAAUAAAAGACAAUGUAUUAGCAUAUGUAUUUAAAUGAGUACAUACCUAUAGAUGUGGCUUUUGUCCUGAUUUAAAUGACACUAAUCUGAAGUGAUGCCAUUUUGUCAUUGUGCUAAAAUGAAUAUAAAUAUUAUAUUAUAUAUUAAAAUAUAUUUGCUAACCUACUGAGAGCUGUAUCAUGUUAUCAUUUAACCCUAAUUCCCUGGGCUCUUGUCAAAAUUAGUGUACUCUAUAGGGAAUAGGGAGCCAUUUUGGAGGCAGAAUAUGGUUUCAUCAUCCACCUUUACUAUCAUCCACACCAGGGACACAGGUACAAGUAAGCCUACACUGAUGUGAGUAAAGAUGAUCUUUGUCCUGCCACAUUAACAUCCAGUAUGUGUCCUAUUCCUCAUAUAGAGCAUAGAGCUCUGGUCAUAAGGAGUGCACUGCAGGAGCGCAACCUUCACUGGGGCGGGGGAGGACAUGACCCGCGCACAUUCUGAAAUUUCUUUUUUGUCAUCUCCCCCGGUUUUAUCAUUGCACUGAGAUGCAAAACAAGGCUCUGGUGUGCGUUAAGACCAUGCAGACACCUCAGAGCAUUUGGGUAGGCUGUUUUCCAGUUUGGCUGUGUGAAGGCAAAGCUUCUCAAAGGCUGGCGUAUAGGACCAGCAAGGAGAGCAGAAACUGGAUACUGAUCUACCUGGCAAGAGUCCAUGAUACCACACGAAGAACAACUAAUAUUCAGAAAACUGGUUCAGCUUGCGAAAGGAGACAAAAAAAGAUGGCACACAACAAGGGGUCGUCUCUGUCCAAUGCCCGUGGUCGUGAAAUUUAUGUUGGAAGUCAAAUCAGGGAUUCCCUUUCACUUCUGGAUGUUUUGUACGCAAAUGCAUUUGAAGAAGAGGACAUAGACUCCAAAGUAGCUAAGAAGACCGAGGUAGAUUUUUACAGAGGAGCCCCACCUCAAUGGCUUAACUUCUGCUGGGCUGAAAGGGCAACUUCAGCUGAUAAAACAACAACCUUUAUAAAAAGAGAUGGGUACACGGAGCUGAUACAAAAUAUUAAGAAACAAUGUAAGGGUGACCUGACUUCUACCAUUAAUCUGAUGUAUCAGCCAGGCAGUGGGGGAACCACUCUGGCCAAGCAGGUUCUCUGGGACAUGAGGAAAACACUGAGGUGUGCUGUUCUAACAGGCCCUACCUCAGAUAUUACCGCUAUCGCCAAGCAGGUGAUUCACCUUUUCACUGCAGGCGGUCAAGGCCACCAGAACACUGUGCUCUUACUGCUGGAAGAUGAUCGUAUUCUGGAGAAUCUGCAGGAUGCCAUCAUCAAAGAGAUUGCAAAGAGAAACCUUGUGACCCACAGGCCUGUGGUCAUAAUUUUAAACUGUGUGCGUAAGGCAGUUAUCAAACAAGAGGACCAUAACAAAUCAAGACAUGUUAUUCUCAGGGCGGAACUUUCUGAAGCAGAGAAACAACAGUUUGAGGAGAAACAGAUUGAGAUCAGUCGAAGCUACAGCAAUGAACACAAACAGUUUCAUGGCUUUAACAUAAUGCGAGAAAAUUUUAGUGCAGAUUAUGUUAAAGAAACGUGUGCCCUUUCAGGAAAUGUCAGGAAAAAUAGAAGACCUAAAAAUUACCAGGUUCUUGCAUUCUUAUCACUGGUGAAUGCCUACGUUCCUGGCUCCCACCUUCUGCAGUCUCAAUGUCAGGCAUUCCUGGGGCCUCCAGAUCCCAUUUAUGGAGGUCCUUCCUUUGAGCAGCGAAUGGAGCCUUUCAGUCAUCUGAUAGUGACAUUCCCUGCACGACAGGGACAAGACAAACAUGUCCGCAUGGCUCACCCACUGAUUGCACAGCAGUGUGUUAAGGUAUUGGCUAUGGCAGGUGUGACCAGGAGGGAUACAGCAAAGAACUUUCUGACUGAAUUUUGUAGAGAACAUGUACAACAAUUUUUAGUUCAAGACAUGUUAACGAAAAGGGAAAUGGGAGAAGAGAGAAAAGACACGUUUUCCAGAUUGAUUCAAGAUAUUGAAGGCGAAGAAUCCAAAAGGAAUGUUGUAUCUGUUUUACAAUUAGCUUCAGAGAAAUUCAAGCAAAACCCAUUCUUUCCUCAAAAUCUUGCUCGUUUUCUUUACAUUGAGACAAAAGCCUAUUUUAAAGCGGAGAAGUGGGCAAAAAUUGCGAAAGACAGAGAUCCUAAAAGUUCAUUUGUUGCUGAUACACUGUGGCAAGUAUACAAGAACAAUUUGAAGAGCAGGGUCCAUGAUCCUUCCAUCUCUGCACAAGAAAUUUUACAACUGUCAAAGAAGGCCUUUGAGGCUUUCAGAGAUGAGGAAAGGGCUGCUGAAAAUGAACAGGGAGCAGACAUGCAAGAUGAUGGUAUGACCAAAGUCUCACGAAUCUUUAACAACAGAGGACUAUUUGGAUAUCUACAGGUUGCCAACAUUGUUUUUGACUCUCUUGUCUCUCUUGACAAUACCUGGCAAAAAGUCCUUACCAUGGAAAUAUCAGCUGACACCUUCUUCAUAAAAAUCGGACAAAAAAAGCUCUUCAAGUACAAGCCACUCAUCAUCAGCCUCAGGGAUGAGGUGGAGAGGAAAUGUGAGUUUUUUGACAGUUACUUGACUUACUCCAAACCCAGCAUGAAAAAAGACGAACCGCAUUACUUUCAGACUGAUGUGAAGAACUGCUACUGCAAAUACGUGGGGACAUGCACACCUAUACACUCAGAGUCUGCAAUAGAUGUACCCCUCCAGAAGCUCAAAGAAGAAAUGGCCAUUGCCUUCCCUGGACUGCUUUGCUGUCUUGAUAAGGGCUAUGAUAAAACUCACUUGCGCCAAAUAACAAUUUUGUGGGAGGAAAUAAAAAACGAAUGGGAAAAAAAGAAAGAUGGUGGUGGUGAGAACAAAGCUGCCCAAAACUUCAUCCUUGCCAACAUCAUCUUAAGCAAAGUGGAUGCAGCAUCUCCAGUGCUUACCCCUUUGCCAAUCCUAAGAGGUAUUCUGGAAAGACACCUAUUGGCCAAUUUCGGUAACCAAACCCCAGAGUUUUACGUCUUAGUCCUUUUGCUGUUUUGGCCCGAGGAGCAUAAGAAAAUGGGAUUCCAUGUUGACCUCAAUAAAUGUGUUCUAGAGAUGCAAGAGUCUUACAAAAACACAUACAAGAAGCAUCUUCGCUCAAGGUACCUUCGCCCCCUUAUUUUCCUGGGAAAGGGUGGGGGUUUGAGCAGACUGGUUCAUAGAGCAAAAAUAGAGAAACUAUUGGCAAGGGAGUAUAAAAUGGCAAGGCCAGAGGCAAGGCCAAACACUAUAGAUCAAAAGUGGAGCAGUGGUAAGGUGUGGAGAGAACCCAGUGUCCAGGACCUUCUUCUUCCAGUCAAUGGAGUGGUUAGACAGCACCGGGUGUUUGCGUGUGUUGAUGGCAAGGAGAUUGAAGUCUGUGCCGACCAACGAAGAAAAGUUUGGAAGUCUGGAGACGUCUGCUUCUACCUAGGCUUCACCAUUAGAGGUCCUGUGGCCUAUGGCAUACAGUACCCAUCCCAUCACGGACAUGUCUUCUAUUCAGGUAUGAUGACAGGGGGGAGCCUCGUACAUUUUUGGGAGUAACUGACAUCAAAUCGAUCAAAGACGGUAAAACCAUUCUAAUCCUAAUUUCUCAUUUUCAUCUCUAUAUUCUCUCACUCGUGUUCAAGUUCUUGAUAUUUUCAUGUGCUAAGUUUUCCACAAUACAGUGACGUCCAAACCCACCAAUAAAUUUGUCACUCAUCUCAUAGAAAUCAGCACAGUUAGCACUGAAUAUAAUUGUUAUUUUAUUUGUUUAUUUUAAAAUGCUUUGUGUACCAGGAAAUUAAGACCACAGUAUUAUCACUGAGGUUAAUGCUUGGUGUGGUUGAUUUUAAAAUGCUUUGUGUACCAGGAAAUUAAGACCACAGUAUUAUCACUGAGGUUAGUGCUUGGUGUGGUUGAUUUUCUGAUUGAUGUGUCUUUCCCCAGGGCCUGUGAGAAGUUGCACAACCUGUGCUAAUGUGAUGGAGUCUACCAACUGGGUUCAGGUUGAACCUGUGGUCUUCACUGAAGAAGCCCCAAUGUUCAGCACGUCUCCCCCGGGGCGCUACGAGUGCAGAGUAUCAGGGCUCCGAUGGGUGUGUAAAACCUAUGUCAGUCUGCAGUAUCAAUUCAGCUCCUGGGAACCUCACAGGGCAAUGAUGAAAAGCUUCGGGUACAAGCAAGGAGGCCCCCUAUUGGACGUCACAAUCAUUGCAGGAGAACUGGAAGAAGUGCAUCUGCCACAUUUUGCCUGUUUCGGCAAUGAUCCCUCUUUUAAAGAGAAAGUGAGAGUUCUACAUGUAGAAGACUGUGGUGUGUCCGUAGAACAAGUGGAGGAAGUCACCCGCUUCCACAUCAAGAUCCUCCAUCCAACCUUCUCUGCAAAAGGAGUUCUCGUGAGAUCUGGCUUUCCGCUGAAAGUACACUGUGACUUGCUGCUCUACCAGGCCAAGGCAGCAUUUCUCACGCUACAUGCAUAUCUGGUCCCCUGGGAUUCUUCUGUAGAACAGGCAAUGAAGAAAAAGGAGCACUCUUAUGGAUACAGGAGUAUCAGAAAACCGCAACCAGUGAAGUCCCUUCGGAUGAAGGAUUGGUUCAGCCUCACAACGUCGUCUCCCUCUGCUGAAGUUAAACCUCCUAAAAUGAAGCUGAGAUAUGACAACACUACACCAAACUUCUUUGAAGUGUUCAUAGAAGAUGCAGAUGUUGACUUCGGUAUGAAGCUAAUCAGUGACGUGGAGGGGGAAAUCGUAUGGGAUCACACAAUACAAAAAGCUGACUUCAGACACAAAACCACUCAGAGUUCACAAAACCUGCACUUUGUGGACCUCCACCGGACAGACCUUAUCCAGAGAGUGUGCCAGGUGAAGCCCAUAUUGGAUAAAAUCCUGGCCAAGAGAGUUAUCACUGACGAGGGCUACAGUACAGUAAUGGCCAAACGCACCACACAGGACCAGAUGAGGGAGCUCUACAUGGGACCUUUGAGGGCAAGUGGCAUCAAAGCGAAAAAUAUUUUCUAUGAGAUCCUGAAGGAGUUGGAGCCACUGCUAAUCAAAGACCUGAAGGGUGAAUGAGGAGCUGGAAUGGUGAAUUGGGGACAUUUAAAGUUUGUUUUAGGGGAAAAGGGCAUAAAUGACGGCAGCUCCGCUUUGUUUUAUUACUUUGUGUUUACAAUAAAACACAACCUAAGAGGAGUAUAGCAUCAUUAUUUUAUCAUUGUUAUUUUUCAACAUGUAAAUAUUGGUAGCCAGCAGAACAGCAACCAGCAACCUAGUGUUUUAGCCUUGAGGCUUUGUCAAAGACAUAACAUUUGAUAACAGUUGUGUUGGAACUGAAUUUCCUCUGAAAAUAGAACAUUUGCUCAACCGGUUCACCUAGAUGCUCUGUGUUAUUUACAGACAAGAAAAUAUAUAAAGGAAAUAUAUUAUGAACAUAGAAAAAUAUAUAAUAUAACGCAGAUGCAAAAUAUACUGGAAUUAUUUCAUUUUGGCUGUUUCAUUUUGGCUGUUUAGUGAGGGUAAGGAAUACCAGUGAUGUAAAUAAAUAUAUGAAGAUAUAACUUUGUAAAGCUUAAUGUACCAGCCCAAUGAAACGUUUAACAGUAAUGAAUGAUUUGUGGCGUAAUUUUCACAACACGGGUAUUAGAAUAUGUAUUGAAAUAAAUAACUACCAACAGAUGUGUAUUUUGUACUGAUGAUUUUGUCAUUGUGCUAAAAUAAAUAUAAAUUCUAGCCCAUGUGGCUCAGUUGGUAGAGCGUGGUGCUUGCAACGGCAAGCUUGUAGGUUCAAUUCCUACAGGGGAACAGUACAAAA